GGGAGACCGCGCCAAAGCUCAGACAGCGGCCACUCUUCAGGAUAACAACACACUGCGGAGGGCAUUUAAACGCACUCUACUGUUGAUACGGCUACCAUACACAUCGGAGUGUUUGGGUGUUUUUUUUUCAUCACUUAAGAGGACUGUUUUCGUCUUGAGUUUCUUGAGUCGAUACACCUAAGUCAGCUUUCAUGCCGGUUUUUGGAAAAAGAUGCACGACUUCAUGGUCGUGACACGACUUUGACGGGCGCGGUGCGGCGGAGCUGGCGCACUGCUGGACUGGAUAUAUUAUUCGCUUGGAGCCAAGACGGUCUGCACCAUCAUUUGAACAGCGCCUGAACUCACUUUUCAUCUUACUGUAUUGGUUCUUCUGACUCUUCCGGGGGGCUGAAUAGGAAUCGUCUGCACCGGUUUUUCAGCUUGAAUAUGUUGCUGUCAAAGUUUGGUUCUUUUUCGCAUAUUUGCAAUCCUUCAAGUAUGGACCAUCUACCAGUGAAAAUACAGCUCCCGCCGGUUAAAGCGGAGAAGGAGGCUUUCGAAAAGGUUUACCAAGUGGGCUCCGUGCUUGGCAGCGGAGGAUUUGGAACAGUGUACGCCGGCAGCCGGAUCUCUGAUGGCGCACCGGUUGCAGUGAAGCAUGUUGCAAAGGAGAGGGUGACCGAGUGGGGCACAAUUAAUGGAGCUAUGGUGCCUUUGGAGAUCCUGUUGCUGAAAAAGGUCAGCUCGACGUUUCGCGGAGUUAUCAAAUUGCUGGACUAUUACGAGCGCGCCGACGGCUGGCUCAUCGUGAUGGAGAGGCCGGAGCUCGUCAAGGACCUCUUCGACUUCAUCACCGAGAAGGGCGCCCUGGACGAGGACACGGCCCGGGGCUUUUUCCGCCAGGUUUUGGAGGCGGUCCGACACUGCUACAGCUGCGGCGUAGUACACAGAGACAUCAAAGACGAAAACCUGCUUGUGGAUCUACGCACCGGGGAGCUCAAGCUUAUUGACUUUGGCUCAGGGGCGAUUCUCAAGGACACAGUCUACACCGAUUUCGAUGGUACAAGAGUAUACAGCCCCCCAGAGUGGAUCCGCUUUCACAGAUACCACGGUCGCUCGGCAACAGUGUGGUCGCUAGGCGUGCUGCUUUAUGACAUGGUGUGUGGCGACAUCCCCUUUGAGCAAGACGAGGAGAUCCUCAGGGGUCGUCUGUACUUCAGAAGAAGGAUUUCAGCCGAGUGCCAGCAACUAAUCAAAUGGUGCCUGGCGUUGAGGCCUUCAGACCGGCCCACCCUGGAGCAGAUUUGCGACCACCCGUGGAUGAGGACGACGACGGAGUCACCCAAGUCACCGGAGGAGCCGGUUGCUGGCGAGAUCCGCCUCAGAACCAUCGACACAGACUCUUCGUCAAGCACAAGCUCAAGCAAGGAGAGCCUCUGAUGGCUCUGAUGGACUGAAAAGACUUCUCUGGGGGUGGGGGAGGGGGGGAUUUGGAUGGAGGGAGUGAUAAUGGACUCAUGGCCAACAGCCUGUGGCCCAACCGGCCCAUCAGUGGCUUGGCGUUUCACUCAGCUGUUCUAGCUAAAUGUACUUUAAUUUUCCUCUUUUGUAGGGAAUUUCUAAUUUAUUACUAUUUGUUUUUUGCUUAUGUUAUUUCCCCCUAUCCCCUCUUUUUUUCUCUUUUAUCAUUAUGUUUAUAAUUAUUCUUGUUUCCUAAUCGGGAACAUUUUUUUCUGUUUGGGCGGUCUUACCAGCACUAUUUACCCCUCCCCCCCCCUUUUUUUUUUGGUAACUUUAUUUCACUCAUUUUGUUACUAGGCUGGUAUAUGCAGCUGGCAAGGCCCUCCUAUUCAGACAUAGCUGCUCUCAUAGAGCCCGGCGAAAAAACCUUUUUAUUUAAAUGUUUUCAUUUUGAUUUUGUAGUGCCUUUUUUUGGAAAGCUGCUUUUCUGGGGGCUUUCAUCAACAACUCUGUUUUUUUGGAUUUGCCCGUGGCCUGCUGGUGAAAGCUGACUGUGCUGUGAUGGAAAGGAGGGGAGGCUGUUACUUUAUUCUCUUUUUUUUUUUGUUCUUUUCUUUUUUUUUUUUUUUCUUCCCUCCUUUCCAUCAACCGUAGGCCUAUCUUCAGCCCCCAGCCAGAGGGUUAGGAUAGCAUUAGCUAGGAGAGAAAGAGGUGGGGGCUCCUCCUGACAAUGGAAUACUUGAAAAACACUCGACUCAGCUCUGUGUCGCUCUCUUUAACGCUGCUCACUCACUCUAUAGCCUGAACAGGUGUUUUGGAAACUGGAUCCUGUCUUUUCUGAAUGUCUACAAAAUGUCUACACACACACACACACACCUCCCCCCCCCCCCCUCCUCCCACCUUUUUCUCCCUCUUGUCUCCCCAUGCCUCUUGCUGGGUGUUUUGGCCCUCUUGACUUUUCAUUUUUGCCUCUUGCCAUCUCACUGCUUGGACACUACAUGGCCCCUGCCCCUGGCCUCCCCUCAGGGUUUGGGGUGUGAAAUGCACAAUCAAUGCAAUAUUCAUUGUUCAAUUAUGUCUUUUUUUUUUUUUCAACAAAUAUUGUACAGUGUGUAUUUUUUUUUUCUUUUUGUGUGUACAUUUUUUUUUCUCCCCCUUUAAUUUAUUUCAUAAACAUGUAGACAUUCCACACUCUGUGGCUAUUUAUUUAUUUAUUGUCUAUGCUUAAAAGCCCCCCCCCCUCCCCUCACCUUCAAAUUUGCAUAUCCUACUUAGUCUUUGGUUUGCAUUCCUAUAACUUAUUUUUACAUUUCGACAUGAUUUUUUUUUUCUUUUGAGAUGUGGAGGAUGCACUGAAGCAGUUGUCGAUGUAAAGCAGAAUAAAACAAGUUUACUUAAAUUUGAAAAGAGCAUUUGAAUGUUAUUUAACUACUUUAAAAAAGAAAAAAAAAAAAGGUCUGUUGGUAAUGUCGAACGGCGAAAGUAUCGGAGAAUUCCAUCUGGUUUCUGUGAUGUCAAGAUUCAUUUUAAACUCUAUGGAAAGCUAGACAACAGCUUCCAUAGCUGUCACCAAGCAUCAUAAUGGAGACUCCUCAUUCUAGCUGUGUGACUUGUGGCUGUGAAGGAUGGAUAUUGCUAUUUUUUGAUACAAAGUUUCAAUUAAACUCCCAUUUUUUAUGUACAUAAA